AUGGCCCCCCAAGCAAAGGAGAGCUGGAUUCACCGCGCCCGGAGCAACCCGCAUGUGAAGGGCGGUAACAUCAGCGUUCUGGGCAGCCAUUUUGUCGCAGCUUCUGGCGAGUUCGUGGGGACGUUUUUCUUCCUCUGGCUCGGCUAUGGCGGACAGUUGAUGGCGCUCACUCAAGCGGCAGCCCCAGCCGGAACAGGAGGAGGUGCCAGCAGCGAGACGGUCGUGUUUAUCUCACUCAUCUACAGCUUCUCGCUCCUCGUCAAUGCUUGGGCAUUUUACCGGAUCAGUGGUGGGCUUUUUAACCCGGCUGUGUCUCUUGGCCUUAGCCUUGCUGGACAGCUACCAUGGGCGCGUGCUGCGUUUCUCAUACCUGCACAGCUGCUGGCGUCCAUGUGUGCCGGCGGCCUUGCAGCGGCUAUGUUUAACGAGGAAAUUGUUUCCGUCAACACCUUACUCUCGGCGGAAACGUCGACAGCGAAGGGUCUGUUUAUCGAAAUGUUCAUGACGGCGGAACUGGUUUUCGUCAUCCUCAUGCUCGCCGCCGAAAAGUCAAAGGACACCUUUCUUGCCCCGGUCGGGAUUGGACUAGCUCUCCUUAUCUGUGAGCUCACUGUACGGCCCCUUGGCAUGGGAACGGACAUCUGGGCCAUCCCGUUCGACGACAUCAUUCUCAUUUUCAAGGCAAUGUAUACCUGCUUCGUGCUUUAUAUCACGAGCCGCCACCUCGUGCGGCUGUCUAUACUCCUGUUCUAUCACCGCCUUUUCGGCCACAUUCGCUUGGCACGGCUCCUGACACGGUUCAGUUGUGGGCUGGUCAUCGGCACCUGCACCGCAUUUGACUUUUCGAUGCUGUUUAGCUGUACGCCUGUUGAACACUUCUGGCACUCAUGGGACGAUCUGCAUGAGGGCCACUGCAUUAGCAUGCAUGGCAUCUUCUGGGCGGGAGCGUUCAUCGACAUCGCCACUGAUAUCUGGAUCAUGCUCAUCCCCAUUCCUUUUAUUAUGCGGCUCAGGCUUUCACUGCGGAAAAAGAUCUUGUCCGGCGUAAUGUUUGCGUUUGGAAUAUUCGUCAUCGUCGUCAGUCUAUACCGCCUCACGAUGAUCGACCGCUUCGUUUUGUCACAAAAUCCAACUGCGGAUUUUCUUGACGUCGGGACCUGGUCCGGUCUCGAGCUAUACGUUGGCAUCAUCUGUGCCUGCCUUCCCAAUUUCAACUCCCUGCUGAAGCCAUUCUACGCAUGGAUGGGCUCCCGGUCAAAGUCUGCGCGUCCUGUCGCCAACGAAUCCGGCGGCAGCAGCGGGCGACACCGCCAUGGAGAUGAAGAGGAGCAAUACGUCCUAGGUCGAACCAUCCGUGCGACGACUGUAAUCGAUGUCGAGGAGCACAGCUCUAAUGGAGAGAGUAUGAGUAUUGAUCGUGGCAAUGGUGGUUUUGGCCAGGACCGGGCCGCGGUCAGGAUGCAGGAGGUCGAACUGGGCAUGGCCACGAACAGCGCGAUAUGCGGGAGGGCUUGGUCGUGA